AUGGACUUCUGGUCUCGUCUCAUUGGUGGCUCGCGUGCCUUGUCCAAACCUCCCAGGGCAGCCUCGCCCACGGAACGGCUAACGGCCUUUAAACGCGCUUGCAAUGCUCUCCAGCAAAUCUGGCGCUCAACAAAUACUCCCUCGGGCGAACAAUCGGUGACUCACGCGCGCACGUACAUUGAACGACUGAACUCGAUCCUGAGCGAGGAAUCGCACGGGCCCGCACCGCACCCCUGUGUGGCAUAUGCAGCCUCAUCUCAAGUCUUUGUCACAGUCACCAAGCUUGCGCUGUCAUUCUACGACCAUGGGAUUCUCCGGGCGGCUACCGUCUUCUUCAACACCCUGAUUGACGCCGAGGUGGACGGGGUGGUGGACAACCGGCUGUUCGCUCGUGCUCUGGUGGACCUGGUUCGUCGGGCCGAGAAGUCAUCGGAUGAGAUUGAAGGGAGGCUCGUGGAAUUACUUUUCGGCAUCGCCAACAACAUCCGUCUGCAGCCUGUGGUGUUACCGGCGUGGUUUGUUCCUCGGGUGUCCCCAGUCCAGGACGACGAGCCCGCAGGCGCCACUGGGACGGAAUUCGCAGGAGCUACCAGGAAAGAUGAGUUCCCGUUGUUCUACCUGCUCGUUGACUAUGUUCACCACGAGGGACGAGCGGGUGACUUUGCUCGUACCGGGCUGCUUUACAUCAUCGAGACCGCGUCUCGCUCUAAGAACCUGGAGAAAUGGUUGAUCGAGAGCGACCUGGCCACCCUCAUGGCCACCGGCCUCGGUGCACUCUACAGCCAGUUAGGACAUUUGACAUAUACCGAGACCGACGGGAACGUGCCUCACAUUGUUGCUUUAUCCGAUCACGCCGAGCAGGAGACAGCCCUAAAACCAACACUGGGCCAGGCAAUGGAUGCAUUCAUGUCAUACCUGCUCUUCUGGCAGGACACCAUUGACCAUUGUAAAUCGGCCGAAGUGAAUGACACUUUACUCGACCAUUUUCAGGUGCUCUUUCUCGAGCAACUCUUAUAUCCUUCAUUAUUAGAAUCUUCCGAUGUGGCUGGAGGUUCGACAGCAGCGGUUUUAACCUACAUGUGCCGCAUUCUUGACUCAAUUGAGCAAGGCGAAUUGGUCCACCGAAUCCUAGACUUUCUACUGGCAUCGUCACCGAAGCCGGAAGAACAAAUGGACAUGUCAGCGAGCCGACGGAAAUCCCUUAAUGUACUGGCUGCGCUGGCCGAGGAAGCCGCCCAGCCAUCGCCAUCAUUGUUUAACCUGCGCGAUCUGGCGCUACUAGGGCUCCAGUCAUCCAAUCGUCAGACCGUUUUAGCCACUUUGCGGCUUCUUACCACCGUGCUCCAAAGACACCAUCCGUUUGCACGCUCUCUCAUCCAUACCAUCCCAACCUUACCCGCGCAGCAACGCCCAGUUGGAGCAUUGAAUUCCGAGCUGUGUCAUCUUUUGCUCAUGGGGACGUCUCUUGUCAAUGACCCCACGCUAAAUGAGUCGUAUGAUAACUACGUCGCGGAUGCUACAUGGGUCCUAGAGUCUCGCCUAUGUUUACCAGUCUCUGCAGCAGAUGAGGACGAGGAGACACUUCACAUGCCCCUUCAGCUGCAGCAAGACGAUCCAAUCGUGCAGGCGCUCUUUGGGUGCCUUGAAACGUUCUUCACCAACAGCGUUAUUGUAAACUUGGCGCUCACAGGCGUAUUUAUGAGCCUCGCCUCAUCCCAUCUAUUUUCACUGGACGGUUGGGUGUUGGUAGAUCCCAACCAGUAUGAUGCUCCAGAGUCUCUCGCGGACGUCGAUGGGCUUGACAUUGUCAGACAGGCAUACGAAGAGCCCACAUGGCCUGCCACAGCAGCCCCGACCCUCACCCUGGCGUUACAAAAGCUUGUGAAGCAAGUCCGGCAAUGGCAGCAGGACCUGCCCGACUUCCAUAUUUUGGUUGCAGCUCGUCGAGAGAUUUUGCACCAGACGGAUCGCCCUUGUACACCACCAGAGUCGCAGGACCCAUCUGAGCUCUCAAUGCCCCCUUCAGCGGACCGCUCACGUCCCUCAUACCCCGGCUCUCCCGAUCAUUCCGCCCCGGCCUCUCGCGGUCGAUCCCCCCAUGCGGUUUAUCCAAAUGCGAUCAAGAAUCCUGAAGGACAUGGCUCCUUCGCCCCCACGGAAUCCCGCGGUUCUUCCAAUGCCCGAGCUGCUGCCGCUGAAGCUCUCCGCCAGCGCCUUGCUACCCCAUUCCCACCUUCACCUGGCACAGACCACGAGUCGCCCUCCGAGGACUCCGAAGAGGCCCCUGACUCAGGAGACCACCCUGAAGAUCCACCGGUCGCCACUCUUGGCCAUGUAUUGACCAAUGUGGUGAUCCUGUACGAGUUCUUACUCGAAUUGUCAGCUGUAGUGCAAGUUCGAGGCAGUCUGUUUGAAGAAGCAGGAUACUAA